CAAGUUUCUCUGUCGUGACGGAUGCUUGAGCUGUAGUUUUCUCAAUGUUCGCCUCAGUAGACUGUGCGCAGCCUUCACUCCAGUCACCCUGGCAAGCCGUGGCGUAGGCUAAACAUAUUUCCACAAACUCCCUUCGCAACAAACAGAAAAUAAAGCAAAGGAGACUGCGAAGGAAACCGGAGCUACCCAUCCCCGUCUGGCUGAAACUUUUGGGAGAGUUCUUCAUUCUUUCAAACUUUACGGGAAGGCGAGGAGGAGAGAAUGCAGGCGCGCUACUCCGUCUCCAGUCCUAACUCCCUUGGCGUUGUGCCUUACAUUAGCAGUGACCAGAGCUACUACCGGGCCGCGACCGGUGGAGGAUACACCGGUAUGUCUGCUCCCAUGAGUAUGUACUCUCACCCGGCCCAAGACCAGUACCAGGCCAGCAUGGCGCGUGCGUACGGACCGUACACCCCGCAGCACCAGCCCAAGGACAUGGUCAAACCUCCGUACAGCUACAUCGCCCUCAUCACCAUGGCGAUACAGAACUCACCAGAUAAGAAGGUGACACUGAAUGGGAUUUAUCAAUUUAUCAUGGAGAGGUUUCCGUUCUACCGAGAUAACAAGCAGGGCUGGCAGAACAGCAUCCGGCACAACCUGUCCCUCAACGAGUGCUUCGUCAAAGUGGCCCGGGACGAUAAGAAGCCGGGUAAAGGCAGCUACUGGACUCUGGAUCCGGACUCAUAUAACAUGUUCGAGAACGGCAGCUUCCUGAGGCGUCGCAGACGGUUCAAGAAGAGUAAUGUUCAGAAGGACAAGGAUGACAGGCAAGGCAAGGACUCGUCAAGGAGAGGAGCCCCUGACCUGGAGAACGAGCAGCCCGUGCAAGGCUCCCAGCCCGUGCGCAUCCAGGAUAUAAAGACGGAGAACGGGACUUCUACUCCUCCACAGACCGAGUCCCCAGGCUUACCUGUGCCCAAAACAGAGAGUCCUGGCAGCAGUAGUAGUAUGUCCACCGGCAGCCCUCACAGUGUGCCCUCCGCCCGGUCCCUCUCAAUGGAGGGCCCCGAGCAUCACCAUCACAUCCAGGCGGCGGCGCAGGGCUUCAGCGUGGACAACAUCAUGACCUCACUUCGGGGGUCGCCCCAGGGCACCACGGAGCUCACGUCCCCUCUUAUCGCAUCCUCUAGGACAGGUAUAACCCCCUCUCUAUCGCUCAACUAUUCCCCCAACCAGACGUCUGCUUACAACUCACCAAACUGCAACCAGAACUCCAUCUCCACGAACUCUAACGCUACAUACCAUUGCAACAUGCAAGCCAUGAGCUUGUACGCCGGAGACCGGGGCGGCCACCUCGCGCCCUCCACCACGGUGGACGAGACACUGCCCGAUUACUCCAUCACCACGACGACCACAUCCCCGCUCGGGCAUGGCAACCUGAGCGUGGGACAGGAUGGUGGUCACCACGCGCACCAGGGCCGGCUCGCGUCCUGGUACGGGGACCUGGGACAUCUGGGCACGAGCUACCCGGCACAGCAACAGAACUUCCACUCGGUGCGAGAGAUGUUCGAGUCUCAACGGAUCGGUUUGAAUAGCUCCCCGGUUAACGGGAAUAAUAGCUGUCAAAUGGCUUUCCCCUCCGGUCAAUCCAUCUACCGUACUUCCGGAGCUUUCGUUUAUGACUGCAGCAAGUUCUAAAAACAACAAAACCAUGUUUUUUUUUUUACGAAUAACUUUAAUAUAUAUUUUCAUCUUUUGUACUUAAACCUUCCUCAUACUGGUCCAUUAUUCCUCACAGAAUGGACUAAACAUAUUGAGAGAGAUGAGAUUUGUUCUGGUGUGUAUGUCAGACAGAGGGGUGUGUUACAUCACCAAAAAACACGUAAGUUUUUUUUCUCUCUCACUUCGGGAUCUUUUUUAAAGAUUGUUGUUUUAACAUCCACCAUUUUAUAAACGUGUUAUUGAUUGUAAAUUGCAUAUAGUAAUUUAUUAUUAGAAAGUAAGGGAUUCUAGUUGGAUGUUCUGGACUAAGUUUCCAAAUUCAGCUGCCUAAAAUUGUCCAAGGAAUUGUUAUUUUAUAACAAAUGAGGGGAACUUGUAUACCGAACUAUUCUAUUAAAUGUUUUGUCUCAUUUGUUAGAAGUAUUCUGAAGGCAUUGCAUUGUUUGUCUAAUAAAUUGCCAAUCUAUUUGAUUUAAAUCUGACGUGUUUAUUAGCUCGCCAUAGAGGCCUAUAUUGUCCUGGCUUUAGAAUAAGGGAGGCAAUGUAAAAUAAAAGUUUGGCCUAUUAUUGCAAAAUUAGGUGUCAUGUUGCAUUUUCUGUUCGUACAUAGACGUCAUUUGUAUAUAGGCCUAUGGUUCAAAUCAUGUGUCAUUUUAAAAGACUGAGGUAUGCCUAAACAUAAACAAACUGCAGGGGACGUUUGUCUUCUGUAUUUCGAAUUAAUUAUAUAAAACAGAAACGAUGGUACAAAACACCUCACACAGUGUGACUACAUUUACGGCGGCUAUUUAGAGUAAUUAAGGCGUUCUGUUUCUUGUCUUGAUGUACUGUGAUGGCCUUAUGGCCCUGCUACAAUAAUGAGGCCUAUUGGGGUACAUCAGCACGCAGUUUUGUUCUGCUAGCAAACGUUGCAGUCUGUAGUGAGUUGCAUUGGUUUAUUUUCUUGAGAAAUCCCUGUAAAAACACAAACCGUUUCAACGAGGUGACAAUUGUAUGAGUCCCAGUAUUAUUACAACGUAAAGCAAUACUACACACACACAAGGCUACAGCGACUAAUCCGAUUGUUCUGAUGUAUUACACGCACUGUAAUCCGAAAGGAUGUAAUAUAGGCUAUAUGUUUGUUCCUGGGCUUGUAGUGUAUUAUGCAAGUACUCAGGGUUUGUGAUAUAUCUCCGUGUAAUUGUUAGUUAUUCCUGUGAAAGGAUAGGCUAUUGUUAUGGUAACAUAACAAAUGUUUCAACAUACCUCUCCUUAGGCUAUGGGAUGUGCUAGAGGGGGAAAUACGAUUGGUGGGUCCAAAACAUCCAAUCAAAAUAAUGAUGAGCAAAAUGCUCGUUUUGUUUCUACAUUUAGGACUAUCUUGAAUGCAGGGUUUGCAAUAUUUGGGCAUUUUUGCUUUGUUAUAAAAAUCUAAAAUAAGUUGUAGGCUACUGGGCCUACUCGUCUGCCUUGGCCUAUAUUUGUGUCGUCAGCAGAAAUGAAAUGUUCCACAGAACUACAGCACACAAUCUGAGAUAGAGAUACGGGACAGAGGUAAGAGAGUGAGAGAUACAUAACUACACAAACAAAUGUUGUGUUUGUGCAAUUAAGAUACCGUAGUAAUUUAUAUUCUAAAAUCAUAAGGCUAUAUUGAGGAGGGAUGUGAAGUCAAUUUGGUGACAACAUAUGUAAGCUUGGCUUGGCUUUUUUUCCCCCUGAGAUGAAAUACUCUGUCAUCAUCUUGACCUCCAGGCCUCCUUUAGUUUAACGGGUCCUUGGUGCAGGGCGAGCCAGAAGCCAAACGUUGUAACACGGCUAUUGAUGGAGGGCUAGGUCGCUGUUUAGGCUACUAGCUCCCCGGUGCCAGGGUAUCCGGCUGUUGUUUGGAGUGGCCACGUGUGUUUACGGACGCUUAGUUAUACCACGCAUACCUGAAAUAUUAUCUUUGCCAGAUGUUAGGUUGCUGCAGCAACUUGUUAAAGAUUACAUAAAACAUUGCCAACAACACAGAGAGAGAGA